CAUUCUUCCCCACGCAUCAGGUUAGCUGAGGCUUGGCAUCUAAAAUCAAGUCCGUACAAAAAUGGGCAUACCAGAGUAAGCUAAUGUAUCUGUAUAACAUCAAUCCCGACUAAUAUAUAUUUAUUUAGACUCUGGCAGCACUUCGACGAAGCCGGAGUCGGCGAGAAUAUCUCAACUGCUGCGUUCGCUGCGCAACAUUUCGAAAAGGAACGAAGACCACUUCGAAUCGCUGUUGAUGUAUCUAUCUGGAAACGCAAGUGUUACCAGGGAAAAGAGGAAGUUGCAGCUAUUCGUAAACGUAUAUUUCUCUUGCUUUAACCUUAUGAAAGCUAUAAUUAUAUCAAUGUCCUGCGCUAACUUUCGUCGGUUGUCUUUAGAGACUCCAGCUGCAAAUCCCAAUGAGAAGAAUAUUCUCCGUAAGAUUUUGACACUUUUGAAGCUUAAUAUUCAGUUGAUUUUUGUUGCGGAUGGUGAAAAUCGUCCGAAAGAGAAAUAUGGUGGACAACCACCCUGGUAUAAAUAUUAUACUCAGGACGAUGCACUCCUUAGACAGACUGUGACUUCCGUAGGUGUGAAAUGGCAUGAGGCGCCAGGAGAAGCUGAGGCCGAGUGUGCAGCCUUGCAAAGUCGUGGAGUGGUUGAUGCUGUUUGGACAGAGGAUUCGGAUACUUUCAUGUUUGGAAGUACAUUGCUCAUUCGAUUCUGCUAUGUCAAUAAACGCAAAGUAAAGAAAUUUCGAAGGAAUGAAAACUGGGUUAGUGAACCUGGCGAGACAACACGUAGAAUUGAUAUUGAUAACAUUAUUGUUUAUCAAGCGGAUAAAAUACAGGAAAAGUUCCCGGGCUUGACUAGAGAUGGUCUUGUCUUGUUCGCCGUCUUGAAAGGGGGCGAUUAUAGUAAGAACGGCAAAAGUCUCACCAACUGUGGCGUACUUUCAGCGUUAAAGAUUGCAAACGCGAAAGAAGGUUUUGGCAAAGAUUUAUGCAAUGCAUCUGAUACAGAUUUCCCUGUUUGGAGAAACCGACUUCGUGAAUCCCUCAGAAAAUCCAACAUUCGAAUUGACGUUCCGGAUACCUUCCCGGAUCCUCGCAUUCUUCAUCUUUACAACAAACCUUUAAUUUCAUCUGAGAAGAUCAUGAGUGAUAUUGGAAAGUCCUGGGACCCCUCUUUCGACGAAAUGGAAUUACAAAAAUUGAUCGCUCCAAGGUUUAAUUUUUGGGUCGGUGAAUACAUCAGAGAUAUAAUACCAAUCCUUCUCGUCCGUUCUCUUGCGUCUACACAGCCAGGACAAGAAGCGAGUAACAACUGUUACAGGCUUUGUGUGAAGUCCAAGAAGAAAAUGCCUGCGUUGCAGAAGAAUGUAGAGGUGCUGCUUUCGGCGGUAACCUCCAUGGAUAUACCAACUUGGAAAGCAGAGUUUACAAAAGUCUUUCAGGGUGGGAAUGUAUCGCCAGUUGAGGAAAUGGUCGAGUGUAAGGAUUUUUUGUCGUGUAUUAUUGAUCAUGGUACUAAAAGGGCAGUUCUACCAAAUUCACUAUCAUCCAAACAUGAUAGGAACAUGGUAUCUCCUGGGGUGAUGUCCAAAAACAAAAAGCGUGCUGGAUCAUCAACAGUUUCGGACGAAAUUUUUUCUUCCCCGCAGGAACAGCCUCCCUCAAAGAGAGUUAAAAGUAUCUCGGGCCAGUCAUCGGGAUCGACACCAACAGAACCUGCAUCUUCACACACUGCAAUCACAUAUCAGCCUCGAAAGAUUUCUUCGUCGAUCAAGGGAACUCCAAUUCGUGAUAUACCAGAAUUGGCUAGGAACCAAAUGAGCCCGGAACAGCGUCGCGAGUCGCAGCCCGAGAAACAUCCUAGGCAGGGAGAUGUAAAGAAACCCUCGGGGCUAACCAUCGACCUCACACUCGACGAAUCGGACGAAGAGAACCAAUUUCUUGUCGCCAGUGCUCAAACGCAUACAUCAACAUCAUCUUCAUCACAAAACUCUCCAACGAAUGUCAUCCAUGAAGCUCGACUUCUGCAUUUCGGUCAUAGUAUGCGGAAACCACCGUUCCUACCAACCACCCAACAAUCUAGUUACGGAGUGUCGCCAGAUGGCCACACAGAAACCCAAUCCUCGCCCCUAGCUAAGAAACCUCUUCCCCAAGGUAUGAAGGAGGAAGAUUUUGAUGGGUUCUUCUCUGAUUAGUGUAUUUUAUGAGUUUAUGCGAUUGCUGGGUUAUACUUUGCUUUCUUGUCGUGGACUUUUUAAUCCCUUGAGCAUGAAGCAUUGAUUAGCAAGCGUUUGGUUGGAUGUCUUAUACCUAUUUGAUUUAAUAUUCGUGUUUUACAUAUAGAUUAUUUGAUGCUUUUAAAUGAGGUUUAAUCAUACAUAGCGACUGGACGAUAGAUGUAGAUUUUGAGGGCUGUCGUUGAGAUAAGAUUAUGUAGAAGAAAUAUUUUGAGCAAACAACGUUGUUCAUGCGUUGC